UGUCCGCCGCACUGCUACUACAAAAGCAAAAGCACAGUCGCCGCUUCUCUCACUAUAACUGCACCUGUUGUUCACUCUCUGUGCUUAAGCUGUGAAGGUGAGGAAGGAGAAGAAGAGAUGACGUCGUUUCCAUCAUCAGUUUCCGCACAGGCUAUGGAGUCUCUGAUCCUCCAGCUCCACGACAUCUCCGCCGUCAAGUUCGGCGAGUUCAAGCUCAAAUCCGGCAUCCUUUCCCCCAUCUACAUCGACCUCCGCCUCAUCGUCUCGUAUCCUUCGCUCCUCCGCCAGAUUUCCGAGACGCUCACCGCCAUCAUCCCUCCCUCCGCCUCCGCCUAUGACCUCGUCUGCGGCGUUCCCUACACCGCCCUUCCCAUCGCCACCUGUAUUUCCACCGCGAACAAUGUUCCUAUGCUCAUGCGCCGUAAGGAGGUCAAGGACUACGGCACCGCCAAGGCCAUUGAGGGAGCCUUCAGCUCCGGCCAGGUCUGCCUCAUCAUCGAGGACCUCGUCACCAGCGGCGCCUCCGUUCUCGAGACCGCCGCACCUCUCCGCGCCGCUGGCCUCAAGGUUACCGACGCCGUCGUCAUGAUUGACAGGGAACAAGGAGGUAGGGAGAAUUUGGCUGAGAAUGGAAUUAGGCUGCACGCCAUGGUGAAGUUGACUGAGAUGGUGAGGAUAUUGAAGGAGAAGGGAAGAGUGUCAGAGGAGACUGAGAAAAUGGUGAUGAAGUUCUUGGAGGAGAACAGGAAAGUGGCUGUACCAGUGCCAAAGGUAGACACAAAGGUUAAGGCCAGGGUGCCAUUUGGGGAGAGGGCUAAGAUAGCAAAAAACCCUACAGGGAAGAGGCUAUUUGAGAUAAUGGUGCAGAAGGAAACUAACUUGUGUUUGUCUGCUGAUGUCUCUACUGCAGCUGCAUUGCUUGAUAUUGCUGAAAAGGUUGGGCCAGAAAUUUGCAUGUUGAAAACCCAUGUUGACAUAUUGCCAGAUUUCACCCCAGAUUUUGGCUCUAAACUUCGAUCUAUUGCAGAGAAGCAUAAUUUCUUAAUCUUUGAAGAUCGCAAGUUUGCUGACAUUGGCAACACAGUCACAAUGCAAUAUGAAGGUGGUAUCUUCCGUAUAUUGGAUUGGGCAGACAUAGUAAACGCCCAUAUUAUCCCGGGUCCAGGAAUAGUGGAUGGGCUGAAACUGAAGGGUUUGCCCCGUGGGAGAGGCCUACUGCUGCUCGCUGAAAUGAGUUCCGCCGGUAACCUUGCAAAGGGAGACUAUACAGCUGCAACUGCAAAAAUUGCUGAGGAUCAUUCAGAUUUUGUGAUUGGCUUCAUCUCUGUCAAUCCUGCAUCAUGGCCAAAUUCUGGAAAUCCAGGUUUGAUUCACGCAACUCCUGGCGUGCAGCUCGUGAAAGGUGGAGAUUCUCUUGGCCAGCAAUACAACACCCCGCAUUCUGUCAUUUCUGAACGAGGCAGUGACAUAAUUAUCGUUGGUCGUGGGAUCAUAAAGGCCGCUAACCCCUUAGAGGCAGCUCGAGAAUACAGGCUCCAAGGCUGGGAUGCAUAUUUGUCUAACUGUAAAUGAGAAUGGAGGGAUGCUACUUCGAUGCCAUCUUGGAAUAAAUUUAGAAAACAAGACAUGUAAUAUUACUACCAUUUGGUUUGAUAUCAAAUGGAGGAUUUUCUGUGCAAUUUAAUGAAUGAAUGAUCUAUGAAAUUAGAUGCAUUUUGUUUUGUUU